AUGCUGAAGACCCUCCUUUUCUUUGCUUUGGCUGUUUCGACCACUUCUGCUUGUUGGUCGGUUGGUGUUGGUAACAAGCCUGACUUUUCUCUCGGCAACAAAUAUGAUUUAAAGGCUCCAGAUCAAUUGACUUUGUAUGGUAACAAACGGGUAUGUUUUUCUUUAUGUAAAACUUUAAAAAUAGCAAAAACUUUGUUUGCAAAGCCCAAAACUGAACUUUUUAAAAAUGAAAGUUUAGUGGAAGAUUUGUAAUGUAAUUUGCACUGAAAAUCUUCCACAAAAUUUUCAUUUUUAAAAAAGUUUUAAAAUGGUUUAAAACGUCUAAAAAUGAGUUUUUAACACGUUUUAUAAGUGGAAGUUGAGUGGAAGAUUUUCAGUGCAAAUUACAUUACAAAUCUUCCACUUAAAUUCCACGUUUAAAAAGUGUUAAAAACUCAUUUUUAAGCAAUUUUAAGACAUUUUGAAAGUGGAGGUUGAGUGGAAGAUUUUCAGUGCAAAUUUCAUUACAAAUCUUCCACUUGACUUCCAUUUUUUAAAAAAGCUUGUUAAUGUCUUGGAAAGUUUAAAAAAAGAGUUAUGUAGGCUUUUUAAGUGUUUGAAAUUACAUUUUGCAGUGCUUUAGGGCGUUUUGGGGGUAAUUUAGGCUUAUUUUAGGCUUUAUUUUAGGGUUUUUAGGUCAGUUUAGGGUAUCUGUCAGGGUGUUAUGCUAUUUUUAAACAUAGCUUAGCAAAUAUUUUAAAAUUUUAAAUUAAAUUUAAAAAACAUCAUUUCAGUACUUCCCAGAAGAAGGUAUGAAAGCCAUCUACGAGUUGUUCUGGAGCGACCCAAACCUGUCCAAAGAAUCCCCUCCCAACAACUACCACGUUGACUGUAAAGUAGAGCCAUCUCAUGGUAAUGUCGAGGUAUAUACCUUCAAGUUGAUUGCCACUUUCAAUACGUCCUUGGGCAAAACAUCUUGCAAAGUUGCCAUUGUUGAUGUGGACAAGCAACAAAUCUCUGAGUAUUCUCCAGAAGUCAGCAAAGAAGUUGCUGUAGACCAAGUGGAACCAUUGGAGAAUAAAAUCAAGAACCUGGGCGGACUGGGCGCAGUUGGUGUUGAAGAAGCCAUUUUGAAACAUCUUCAGAUUUGA